AGCCGCUGCGGACUUUUGUCUUCCUUCUUCUCAGAAACCUGUGGCUGUCAGGGAGGGAGGACGCUGUUGCUGCAGCUCUCUGACACGCAACAACAACUAUGAGGCUUUAGCUACAUGCAGAAACUAAACACUUUUGAUUAUCCCAGCCCCGAAGUUUAAACUAAAUCCAACCAUGGAGUCGGGGGAUGUGUCCGGCUGCAGCAGUCCCGGAAGUAGCGUUUUGAAGCGGAGGCCCGACGCGAUCCCCGGGCUUUCCCAGUUCUCUAUGGCCGACUUUGGCCUCUUCUCCCCCGGACCCGCCACCGUGCUGUCCCCGGUCACCAACCUGGCCCUGGACCUGAACAACUGGGCUGGACUUGGAAGCCUAUGUGAUACCCCCAAAAGGAGAAAGCCUGCUCCCCUUGAGAAGAUUCCCUCCUUUGCUUCUGACGUCUCAUCUGAUGCUGGCCUCGGCAUGGAUCCCCCCAGCCCCGUGGAUACUGUCGAAAUGGAGGACACAUUUGAAAAGGCCAUUCAACAGUCGAGCAGAGUUAUAAACGAGAGGAUGCCAAUUAGAAGAAUCAACUCAUUGCCACUCCAGCUCCAGAGUUACAGUCCGUCUCAGAAGGGACAGGAAACAGAUUCCCACCGCUACGGAAUAUUCGGCCAACAACCCUCCCACAUGACGGCCUCCUUCUCCGCUUCUCAACGCGACAACAAGGAGAACAUGCCGGAGGAGGGCUUUGAAUUCAAGAAACCAACCAAGCCGGUGUCACGUAGUCGGGUGCGCUCCUUCAACGGCAGUCAGGCCAGGGACGCGUUCGCCCGCCGUCCCAGCUCCGCUCCGGCCCUCAUGUUUUCGUCGCCUCCUCCAAUCCAGCAGCUCGACUUCUUCGACUCCAGCCCCAUGUUCCUGAGGGGUUCCUCCCACCUCCUCCCAAACGACGACGAGGACGACGGCUUCCUGGAGGUUCUGGAUGACAACAUGGAGAACGACUCUGGGAUGCCGAUGGGAAUGGCCAGCUUGCUCACUGCCCCGCUGGUGACCGACAGUUCAGGAGAAGACUCGCCGGUGAUUCGCUGUCGGCCACGCAACCUGUUCCGCUCCCCCUCCAUGCCCAGCCCGCUCCCGUCCCGUCCCUCCAUCAAGCGCCCCGACUGCCCCGGAGACGAAAACACGCCGGUCCGGGUGAAGAGGCGACGCAGCGUGGCGGGAACACAUGUCACCCUUGUGGAACAAAACCCUGAAUCCCCAAGACUGGGCUGCUCGCUGCUCCAGAGGUCCAAGUCCUUCUGCCAGACCGACAUCGAGAAGCUGCUGGACGGGGAGGACGGUUCCACCGAGCUAAUAGGAGAUUUCACCAAGCCUUUUGUGCUACCCACCGUGGACGGCAAACAUCAAGACCUCAAGUACAUUACACCACACACGAUGGUGGCAGCUCUCUCCAGCCAUUUUAACAAUCUAGUCGAGCAAGUCAUCGUCAUGGACUGCCGCUACCCCUACGAGUUUGACGGGGGACACAUCAAGGGCGCCCUGAACCUGCACCAGGAGGACCAGGUGGAGGACUUCCUCCUGAAGACGCCCAUCGUCCCGUCCUGCCCGGAAAAACGCGUCGUCAUCAUCUUCCACUGCGAGUUCUCGUCGGAGCGCGGCCCUCGGAUGUGCCGCUUCGUCAGGGAGCGAGAUCGCGCCGUCAACGAGUAUCCAAACCUCCACUACCCCGAGCUCUACAUCCUCAAGGGCGGAUACAAAGACUUCUUCCCUCACUUCCAGGCGCAGUGUGAACCUCAGUCCUACCGACCCAUGCACCACGAGGACUUCAAGGAGGACCUGAGGAAGUUUCGCCUGAAGAGUCGCACCUGGGCCGGGGAGCGCAGCAAGAGAGACAUGUACAGCCGACUGAAGAAGCUCUGAGCGCCUCCUCCUGGUCCUCCUUUAAUGCCUCUAAAACACACUGCCUCCCCCUGAACUCCCCUCAGAGCCCGAGGCCUCACCCCACCAACGAGGAAAUACCUUUUGGGAUUUUAUGAAGUCCCUAAAAGUUUCAUUUAACUAUAGCAAAGUUAGUUAUUUAUGCAAAUUUGAAGAGGGGAAAGACCCGAUGAACGCUUGACGCCGAGGUGCAGUGAACAGAUUUAAUUGAGACGCAAUGUGAUCGUUUUUAAAAACCACUUGGACCUACUGCCUGUUUUACCUUUGAUAUUAUGCUGGCGUUUGCCGCACGAAUCACUGCCAGAAUGCAAUAACACAAAACCACACUGCCAGUCUGAAGUUUGUCCUUCAGUCUCCUCACUGGAUUACUUUUAUUUUGUGUCAUGUCCCACCUUUAAUGUAAGCACUUAAUUUAAAUACCUUGAAAUGGUGAGGUGCUUUUUUUCUUUUUGAUACUGCUUUUAUAUAUAUU